CAUGAGUUGCUGUAUGGUUUCACUUCCUGACCAGACAACUUGACAAACACAAGUAAAACUAUGAAAUAAAAAAAGGAAGCAUAAAACUCAAGAAAUCUAGGCAAGAGCAUUAGUUUACUAAUUCAUCAAGCAUCCAUGGUUUGGAUGUGGUUUAGGACUAAAUAUGGAUAACAUAUAUCACAAUCAAAGUGAAAGGCUGGAGCACAACUGGCAUUAUGAAGAGUAUCGGGUUCCUGCACUUAUUUAUUACAGUGUUAUGUUACCCAUUGGGCUUUUAGUCAAUAUCACAGCUAUUUGGGUAUUUAGCUGUACCACAAAAAAACGCACAACAGUCACUGUGUACAUGAUGAAUGUUGCACUGCUUGACUUAAUGUUCUUAAUAUCUGUUCCUUUCCGCAUAAUAUACUACGCAAAACAAUACUGGCCCUUUGGAGAUAUAUUCUGUCGGAUUCUGGGUGCUCUCACUGUGUUCUAUCCAAGUGUUACACUGUGGCUCCUUGCCUUUAUAAGUGCUGAUAGAUACAUGGCUAUCGUGCAACCUAAGCACAUCAAAGAACUGAAAAACAUUUCCAAAGCAAUGACGGCCUGCUUUGGAAUAUGGAUAAUGACUAUAGUAACCACAACACCUUUACUCCUAAUCUAUGAUGACCCAGAAAAGGAAUUAAAUUUUACUACUUGUUUUAAAAUAAUUGACAUCAAUUACUUCAAAAGGAACACUAUUGUGAACACUGCUCGUGUGAUUUUCUUCUUUUUCAUUCCUUUGUCUAUCAUGAUAGGCUGUUACUGCAUCAUUAUUUACAGUCUAAUCAGUGGCAAAACAUCUCGGCUGAAGUCAAAAGCAAAGAAGAAAUCAAUAAGGAUUAUCAUCACUUUAAUUGUGCAAAUAUUGUUGUGUUUUGUGCCAUUCCAUGUAUGUUUCAUAUUAACAAUUCAAGAUGGACUUGAUCUUUAUAGACCAUGGGGAAUGUUAUCCACAUUUCUAAUGAAUCUCAGCACAUGCUUGGAUGUUAUUCUGUACUACAUAGUGUCAAAACAAUUUCAGGCUAGAGUUAUAAGUGUCAUCCUAUAUCGAAACUACCUACGAAGUGUACGGAGAAAAAGUAUACGAAGUGGAAGUGCUCUUUCUCUGAGUAAUAUCAACAGUGAAAUGAUGUGAUGUUAAAAAAAUUAUUGUUAUUAUUAUACAGAGAACUAUUAUAACAUUGCUAGAAUAAGAAAGUCUGGGUUUCUUUUUGAAUACAAACAAACAAAUUGAAGUUUAAUUCCUCUUUCAGAAACAUAACUGCAGGCUAUUUAAUCCUUGCCACAUGUGUAUCUGGGUUUUCUCCUGUAUAUUUACCAAAUAAUUUGAACCAAAUAUUAAACUACUGCAAGCUGGCGACACAAGAAUAGUAAAAAUGCAUCAGGCCAAUAUGCUUGAUCUGAGAACUACAACCCAUGAAUUAUUGGGUUUGCUGUUGACCCAACAAACGUGCCAAACUUAAGGGCUCUUUUCCAAAUCUCCACCAUAUUAGAAAGCCUCUGCAAAAAAGCAUUGCAAAUUUGAUUGCUAUGUAAGUUGCAGGGCUAGAUCUUCUUGGUCGAUAUGGGUGCAAAUGCUAUCAAUUCCCAUGUGUCAGUCUACAACAUGCCAGAAAUGACAUUAGCAUCUAAUUCUUUAGGUCCUAGUUAGUUUUAUUUGCAGGAGCAACAAGUAAAGGUGGGUGCUCCCUUGUAUGUAUGUAUGUACAGUAUAUUCAUUUAUAUAGCACUAGGUAUGUAUAAUAAUAGAUACAAAUAAAUACAAAGUACAGUUGCGUUAAAAGAUUUCCCAGAGCUAAAUGUCAAAAAGACAAAAGGAUGUAGGUCCCUGCCCUGUAGAGCUUACACUACAAAUGGGAGGGUAACUUACAGAAACAAAAUAAAAGGAUAUUAAGUGCUGCAGAUUACAGUGGUGGCACCCCCUUGUGUCUGUGUGUCCUGUACUUUGCUCCUUGAACACAUACACACAUCAGACCGGGCUGAACUGGAAGACUGACACUAGCUGCAAGUUUCAAGGGUCAUUUAUUGGCACAAGAACCUUUAAAUAAAAUUUAUAUGUGCUGAGUUUUGUUUACAUGAUUUAAUGCUUUGCAGUUAAAUAAUCCAUGGUGUCUGUUACUCCAAUAUAUAAUAGUAAGUAUGAGCUAUAGCUAGUAUCGCUAGCAUGUAGUUUGUAGCGUAUUCUGUAUAGUGCUGAACGUUGAUUUGGGUGAGAAUUACCUGUUAUUCUAGCAACUGGUGUUAAAUUAAUUCUUGUGGUCUAUUCCCUCAUAGGACUAAACUUUUUAAAUACAUGUUUGUUUUACCAUAUAUACGUUACAUAUUUACCAUAUACAGGUUUGGGGACCCUUAUCCGGAAACCUGUUAUCCAGAAAGUUCCGAAUUACA